GUGGGGGCUCCAACCCGUUCCAGCACCUGGAGAAGAGUGCAGUGCUGCAAGAGGCACGAGUGUUUAAUGAGACUCCCAUCAACCCACGAAAAUGUGCUCAUAUCCUCACCAAGAUCCUGUAUCUCAUAAACCAGGGGGAGCACCUUGGUGUCAUGGAAGCUACCGAAUCCUUCUUUGCUAUGACCAAGCUGUUUCAGUCCAAUGAUCCAACUCUUCGCAGGAUGUGUUACCUGACUAUCAAAGAGAUGUCUUCAAUUGCAGAAGAUGUGAUCAUUGUUACCAGCAGCUUGACCAAAGACAUGACUGGGAAGGAUGACAACUACCGAGGCCCUGCUGUGAGAGCGCUCUGUCAGAUCACUGAUAGCACCAUGUUGCAGGCCAUUGAGCGCUACAUGAAGCAGGCCAUCGUGGACAAAGUGCCAAGUGUAUCCAGCUCUGCUCUGGUGUCCUCCCUGCACCUGCUGAAGACCAGUUAUGAUGUGGUGAAACGCUGGGUGAAUGAGGCUCAGGAGGCAGCUUCCAGUGACAACAUCAUGGUGCAGUACCACGCUCUGGGCUUGCUGUACCAUGUGCGCAAGAACGACCGCCUGGCCGUCAACAAGAUGCUCAGCAAGUUCACGCGCCACGGCCUCAAGUCACCCUUCGCUUACUGCAUGAUGAUUCGAGUAGCCAGCAAGCUGCUGGAGGAGGAGGCUGGCAGCCGUGACAGCCCCCUGUUUGAUUUCAUCGAGAGCUGCCUGAGGAACAAGCACGAGAUGGUGGUCUAUGAAGCUGCGUCAGCCAUCGUGAACCUGCCCAACUGCACGGCCAAAGAGCUGGCUCCGGCUGUCUCAGUUCUGCAGCUGUUCUGCAGCUCCCCCAAAGCAGCACUGAGGUAUGCGGCCGUCCGAACCCUCAACAAGGUGGCCAUGAAGCACCCAUCUGCAGUGACUGCCUGUAACCUGGACCUGGAGAACCUUGUGACAGACUCCAACCGCAGCAUUGCCACCCUGGCCAUCACCACGCUGCUGAAGACUGGCAGCGAGAGCAGCAUCGACCGGCUCAUGAAGCAGAUCUCCUCCUUCAUGUCAGAGAUCUCAGAUGAGUUCAAGGUGGUAGUGGUGCAGGCCAUCAACGCGCUGUGCCAGAAGUACCCUCGCAAGCAUGCUGUCCUCAUGAACUUCCUCUUCACUAUGCUUCGGGAAGAGGGUGGCUUUGAGUACAAGCGAGCCAUCGUGGACUGCAUCAUUAGCAUCAUUGAGGAGAACUCAGAGAGCAAGGAGACAGGCCUGUCUCACCUCUGCGAGUUCAUCGAGGACUGCGAGUUCACAGUGCUGGCCACACGUAUCCUGCACCUCCUGGGGCAGGAAGGGCCCAAAACCAACAACCCCUCCAAAUACAUCCGCUUCAUCUACAACAGGGUUGUCCUGGAGCAUGAGGAAGUGCGGGCAGGUGCUGUAAGUGCCCUGGCCAAGUUUGGAGCCCAGAAUGAGGAGAUGUUACCCAGUAUCUUGGUGUUACUGAAAAGGUGUGUGAUGGAUGAUGACAAUGAAGUGAGAGACAGAGCCACCUUCUACCUGAAUGUUCUGGAGCAGAAGCAGAAAGCCCUCAAUGCUGGCUACAUCCUGAAUGGGUUGACGGUGUCCAUCCCUGGCCUGGAGAGGGCUCUGCACCAGUACACCCUGGAGCCCUCCGAGAAACCCUUUGACUUGAAAUCCGUUCCUUUGGCAACAGCUCCUGUCAUCGAGCAAAGGGCAGAAAAUGCCCCCGUUGCUGUGGUCAAACAGCCAGAGAAGGUGGCAGCAACACGGCAAGAAAUAUUCCAAGAGCAACUGGGGGCGAUCCCAGAGUUCCGGGGCCUGGGCCCACUCUUCAAGUCUUCCCCAGAGCCCGUUGCCCUGACAGAGCUGGAGACGGAGUAUGUGGUUCGCUGCACCAAGCACACCUUUGUCAGCCACAUGGUGUUCCAGUUUGACUGCACCAACACCCUGAACGACCAGAUCCUGGAGAAUGUCACUGUGCAGAUGGAGCCGACGGAGGGCUAUGAGGUCAUUGGCUAUGUCCCUGCCAAAACCCUGGUGUACAACCAGCCAGGAACCUGCUACACACUGGUGGCUCUGUCUGAGGAGGAUCCAACAGCAGUGGCCUGUACCUUCAGCUGCAUGAUGAAGUUCACUGUCAAGGACUGUGAUCCAAACACGGGCGAGACUGACGACGAGGGCUACGAGGAUGAGUAUGUG